AUGCACCGCGCCCUCCGCCAAACCACCCGCUUCGCGACCCCCUCCCUCCGCCGCACCUACGCUGGCAUCAAACAGGACGACCCAUCUCUCCACCCCACAGGCGCCAACUCCGAAGCAGCCAAAGACCUCGGCCCUCUCUCAAAGUCUCAACCCGCCCCCGGCUCAGAGCAACCCUCGAAAACCCAACCCGGCACCGAGUCAAAUGCUACAGUGCAGGACCAGCAAAAGCAGCAGCAGCAAGGCCAACAGCCUCAGUCUCAGCAGAAGAACGGACAGCAGCAGCGGCAGAUGUCGACCUCGAGACCGAAGACGAUCGCGGAGCAGGACGAGGAGUUGCGGCAGAGGAUGAGUGGGCAUGCUGGGGAUGGAGGUCAGGCGGGGGUGGAGUAUGAGGGUGGAGAGCCGGUGGCUAUGAAGAGGAGUGUGCGGAACAAUAUGUUCAGAUUGAUUUGA